AUGGAGGACUUUCUGCUCUCCAAUGGGUACCAGCUGGGCAAGACCAUUGGGGAAGGGACCUACUCAAAAGUCAAGGAAGCAGUUUCCAAAAAACACCAAAGAAAAGUGGCAAUUAAAAUUAUAGACAAGAUGGGAGGGCCAGAAGAGUUUAUCCAGAGAUUCCUGCCUCGGGAGCUCCAGAUUGUCCGUACCCUGGACCACAAGAACAUCAUUCAAGUGUAUGAGACGCUGGAGUCUGCUGACGGGAAAAUCUACCUGGUAAUGGAGCUGGCUGAAGGAGGGGAUGUCUUUGACUGCGUGCUGAAUGGAGGGCCACUGCCUGAAAGCCGGGCCAGGGCCCUCUUCCGUCAGAUGGUCGAGGCCAUCCGCUACUGCCAUGGCUGUGGUGUGGCCCACCGGGACCUCAAAUGCGAGAACGCCUUGUUGCAGGGUUUCAACCUGAAGCUGACAGACUUUGGCUUCGCCAAGGUGUUGCCCAAGUCAUGCCGGGAGCUGAGCCAGACCUUCUGCGGCAGCACAGCCUAUGCCGCCCCCGAGGUACUGCAGGGUAUUCCCCAUGAUAGCAAGAAAGGGGACGUCUGGAGCAUGGGCGUGGUCCUGUACGUCAUGCUCUGUGCCAGCCUACCUUUUGAUGACACAGACAUCCCCAAGAUGCUGUGGCAGCAGCAGAAAGGGGUGUCCUUCCCCACUCAUCUGGGCAUCUCAGCCGAAUGCCAGGACUUGCUGAAGCGGCUCCUGGAACCAGACAUGACCCUCCGGCCUUCAAUUGAAGAAGUUAGUUGGCAUCCAUGGCUAGCAAGCACUUGAUAAAAGCAAUGGCAAGUCCUCCCCAAUAAAGCAGGGGGAGAAAGCAAACCCAAAAA